AUGGCCGCUCAAGCUCAGCAAAUCCAGCAAAAGGUGGAAUACUUUGUCGCUCAGAUCGACAAGGAGCUUUCUAGGUACCCGGCUCUGAAGAAGUUUGAGCAGACCGUGCCUGUUCCCAAGGCCUACGCUGCGCUCGGUGCUUUCGGCAUCUUCACGCUUUUCGUGUUUUUCAACAUUGCUGCUGGCUUCUUGACCAAUCUGCUCGGCUUUUUUGUGCCCGCCUACUUUUCGCUCAAGGCGCUCGAGAGCCCGCAGCCGCAGGACGACAUCCAGUGGCUCACCUACUGGGUCGUAUUUGGCCUGUUUACCUUCCUCGAAACGUUUAUCAACAUUGUUCUCUACUACAUCCCCUGGUACUACACUAUCAAGACACUUGCGAUCGUCUGGCUCAUGCUUCCGCAGACGCAGGGCGCCAAGAUGGUCUAUAGCCGCAUCAUUCGACCCGUCUUCCUGACCACUCAAAAGACUGUGCACCAGGCUAACGCGAGCACCCCCGCUGCGCCUGCCGAGACCCACUAA